AUAACUAAGCUGAGUUGCCAAACAUUCCCUCACAAUCCUUACUCGGACUGACACGGAAGUAAUCAUCUUCGAUAGAGAAAAUUGGAAGUUAGCAAGUAGUUUUUGAAGAUUGAAGGCCAUUGCAGAAAAACUGAGCUUCAGUCGGGAGUUGGGUGGUUAGCUCCGAGACAAAGCGAUGUUGCAGAGGCUCAGAGCAGCUUCAUCGAAAAGGCAAAGCUUUCACAGUUCUCGAUUGAGAGGCCUCUGCACUCUUGCACAAACUGCAACAAACGAUGAUCUUGACAACCAAGUAUUGGUAGAAGGCAAAGCUUGGUCUAGAACAGCGAUUCUCAACCGACCCUCAGCUCUCAAUGCUCUCAAUACUUCAAUGGCGGCUAGAUUGCAGAAACUGUACAAAUCCUGGGAAGAUAACCCUGAUAUUGGUUUUGUUGCAAUGAAGGGCAGCGGUAGGGCCUUUUGUGCUGGUGGAGACAUCGUUUCUCUUUAUCAUUUGAUAAAUAGAGGGAAUUUAGAAGACUGCAAGCAAUUUUUUAGGACAGCAUACACAUUGGUAUACAUAAUCGGUACUUAUUUGAAGCCACAUGUGGCCCUAUUAAACGGCAUUGCAAUGGGUGGUGGUGCUGGAGUGUCAAUCCCUGGGACAUUCCGUGUAGCAACUGAUAAAACUGUAUGUAUUUGGAUACACAUAUUCCUUCUUUCCCCGUUACUGAUAAGUAUUGGCUUCCAUAAUAAUGACAUGUACAACUUUGUCUCUUUUGUGAGAACUCAUGAACUUGGUAUUGAUACCUCAUGCUUGGUUAGGAAGGUGAUGAUCCUUCUAUUAUUGAAACUUGGGAAUUUAGUCACUGAUGAUCCUUCUAUUAUUGAAACUUCCUUAGAAAAAUGUGGCGAAGUUGUCUAUCCAGAACAAAACAGUGUGCUUCAGAGGAUUGAAAUAGUUGAUAAAUGUUUCAGCCGUGACACAGUUGAAGAAAUUAUUGAUGCUCUGGAAAUUGAGGCAGCUAGAACAAAUGAUGCUUGGUGCACGUCCACUCUAAAGAGACUCAGAGAAGUCUCACCAUUGAGCUUGAAGGUUGCUUUGAAAUCUAUACGAGAAGGUAGAUUUCAGACACUUGAUCAGUGUUUGGUUCGUGAAUACUGAAUGUCCCUUCAGGGGAUAUCUAAGCAAAUUUCCAAUGACUUUUGCGAGGGAGUUCGGGCACGAGUAGUGGACAAAGACUUAGCUCCAAAGUGGGAUCCUCCGACUCUGGAACAAGUGUCAGAAGACAUGGUAGAUCGAUAUUUUUGUCGCCUAAGUGAAUUUAAGCCUGAUCUAGACCUACCCACAAGUUUGCCAGAAGCAUUUAACUAGUGAACCUGAUUGCUAUUUCUCUCCUAUUUUGUAUUUGAAAUUAGUUAGUUUCCAAUCCAUUGAGAUCUCAUAAGCACAGGUAACUGCCAGAACUAGGGUCAUGUUUGGGAAAUUUUAUUAUUUCAAUCACCUUGUUUAACUUGGCCUGGAAAAGUAAAAGUGUAGAAAUUUCUCAUGGGCCAAGUCAGACGCAGUUACGAAAGAAUGUAUCAGAAAGAAUGUAUCAAAUAAGGUUCGUGUAAAGUUUAGCUUUGCGUUAUAAUUCCUUCAAUGUUACAAAAAAUUCAAUAAAUAAAUAAUAAAUGAUGCCUAUACUAUUUAUGAGGCAAGAAA